AUGUAUGGCAUCACCGUUGAAGAUUACUUUAAACGCUUCGACUGGGCAUUAGAACUGAGCCAAGUUCCGGAAGGUCAGCACGCCAGUUACGCACGAGUUCAUAUGACCGUAGAGCUAAACAAUCCCCUGAAAUUCCUCAUCUCUCCUCUCGAGCCAGAGUCACUCACGUAUCCACAGAUCCGCUCGCUCAUUUCGAUGCAGACAAGAACAAAUACGCAAAGAGUGUUAAGUUUCGCCAAAUACAACAACUCAAGGUGUCAGAAGUGGGAUGAAGAAGAAGGGAUUACAGUCGAAUUAAAUCGGUGUAAGUGUAACCCCACGUGCAAGAGGAACAAAAAUCCAGUGCCGCCAUUACGAUGGGAAGAAAAGACGGAGCGAACACAAGUCAGGAUGUGGAACAGGAGGUACCGACCGCGCUGCUUCAGGCGAUCACAAGUAUGCUCACUAAUGCGCUCAAGGCUUCGGUCGCAGAAGCUGCCGCUGCAGUCAACAACGAGUCAACAUCCACCGUCACACGAGGCAAUCAAGUUGACUGGGCCGUCUACGUACAACGAAACGACACACGCACUCAUAUCUACUCCGGUCCAAGUGAAGAGAGGCAAACCAUUUGUCCGCGGUCGCUCUGCAUCGAGAGGCCGGAAUCCAAACCCAGCAUCACGCAGUGCAUCGCGGAAGCGUGGUAAAGACGGAAACAAUUGGUCAGCGUGCAAUGGUUGUGGAGCCACACACAGUCGAAGAAGACAAUGCCCUUUCCGCGAAGCUGAAUGUCACAUCUGCCAAAGAAAAGGACGAAUCGCAAGAGUUUGCAGGUCGGGGAACUCAAGUGCAACUAAAAAUUACCAAAUCAAAACUGUGGAGCAGCCAGCGGAAGCAGUGGAUUCGUCAACCAAUCGCCAGUUCAUCAGUUAUUCACAUCAUCGUCUCGUAUGUAAGGGCUACGUCACAGUCCACGUCACGUUGGGCACGAUAACACGUGAACUCGACCUAUAUGCCAUCGACGACGAUUACGACUCUCUAUUUGGACGCGAAUGGAUUGCAUCGUUCGCUCACGAAAUAAAUUGGACUCAAAUAUUCAAGCCUCACAAAGUCCACAAUCUCACUGCAACUCCACCACACUUGACGUUAGACCAGACUUGAGUCGCUGUUGGAUAAAUACGGGGACAUCUUCAGUGAAACUGAACUGAAACAAUUAGUAAUUUCAAAUAAAUAUUUAGCCAUUAUUAGCUCUAGUAUCUUUCUCUGGUUGUUUAAGAA